AUGCGUCUUUAUCAAAUCUUAGUGGUGCUCUCGGCGACUCUCUUGUUUGCCGGGGAAGUAUCUUCGAUGUCUUCUGUCUCUACAAGCGUUGCUUCACCAACCCGACUGUUGAGAACUCACCACACGACCACUCAAGACAACACUGAUUCCGAAGAAAGAAGUUUGACCCCUCAAAAGAUGAUGAGCAUGAUGAAGGACAAGAUGACCACAGGCAAGUAUGCUACCAAGUUGGGUAUAAGCACGCAGCUUAAGACUAUGACAACCCAGGAAACGGAGGGGCUUACUCAAUAUAUGCAAAGCACUAAAUACAUAAAACUCCAAGCCUACAGCAACUUCUUGAACGAGAUGGGGGAGACAAAGAAAUUUGCGGACCUGGUGAAGGCGAUUAAGGCGAUGUGA